CGGCCCGCGCGGCGCGCCCCUCCUCGCCCCAGCGGCAGCCGACACGCGGCUCCUUUCCGUAAGCUUCCCGUGUGCUAGGUGCCGGCCGGCUGUGAGGACGCGGUGGGCAGCGCCAACGGAUCCAGUCCAGGAUCCCACAUUACAUUUAGUUGUCGUAUUUCCUUCAUCUCCUCCAGUCCAUGACAGCUCCUCAGGCUUCCUCAGGCUUUUUGUCUUUUAUGACCUUGACAGCUUUGAAGAAUACAGUUUCCUAGGUCUGACAGCCUUUGUCUUUGAAGUUGGCUCCUGUCCUGACUGCGGAGGAUAAGAGAUUGAAAUCACGAAAGAUAAACGUGUUCUUCAGAGAAAAAGAGGAAAUCUAAGAAAAAUGCUAUGGCAAAGAGAAUAAAAGCUAAGCCCACUUCAGACAAACCUGGAAGUCCGUACCGCUCUGUCACGCACUUCGACUCGCUAGCUGUCGUAGACAUCCCUGGAGCAGACACUCUGGAUAAAUGAUUUGAUCAUGCUGUUUCCAAGUUUGGGAAGAAGGACAGCCUUGGGACCAGGGAACUCCUAAGCGAAGAAAAUGAAAUGCAGCCAAACGGAAAGGUUUUUAAGAAGUUAAUUCUUGGGAAUUAUUUAUGGAUGAACUACGUCGAAGUGAACCACAGAGUGAGUAACUUUGGUAGUGGACUCACUGCUUUGGGAUUAAAACCGAAGAGCACUAUUGCCAUUUUCUGUGAGACCAGGGCUGAGUGGAUGAUUACAGCACAGACCUGCUUUAAGUACAACUUUCCUCUUGUGACUUUGUAUGCCACACUUGGCAGAGAAGCUGUAGUUCAUGGGUUAAAUGAAUCUGAGGCUACCUAUCUGAUUACUAGUAUUGAACUUCUGGAAAAUAAGCUUAAGGCUGCAUUGUUAGAUAUCAAUUGUGUUAAGCACAUCAUUUAUGUGGACAGUAAGACUAUCAAUAAAGCAGAAUAUGCUGAAGGAUUUGAGAUUCACAGCAUGCAAUCAGUAGAAGAGUUGGGAUCCAAGCCAGAAAACUUGAGCAUUCCUCCAGCUAGACCAACUCCUUCAGACCUGGCUAUCGUCAUGUAUACCAGCGGUUCUACUGGCCGACCUAAGGGGGUGAUGAUGCAUCAUAGCAAUCUGAUAGCUGGAAUGACAGGCCAGUGUGAGAGAAUUCCUGGCCUUGGACCAAAGGACACAUAUAUUGGUUACUUGCCUUUGGCUUAUGUAUUAGAAUUGACAGCAGAGAUAUCUUGCUUUACCUAUGGAUGUAGGAUUGGAUAUUCUUCUCCACUUACACUCUCUGACCAGUCCAGCAAAAUCAAAAAGGGAAGCAAAGGCGAUUGUACUGUACUGAAGCCUACACUCAUGGCAGCUGUUCCAGAGAUCAUGGAUAGAAUUUAUAAGAAUGUUAUGAGCAAAGUUCAAGAGAUGAAUUAUAUUCAGAAAACUCUGUUCAAGAUAGGGUAUGAUUACAAAUUGGAACAGAUCAAAAAGGGAUAUGAUGCCCCACUUUGCAAUCUGAUACUGUUUAAGAAGGUGAAGGCUUUGCUAGGAGGGAAUGUCCGUAUGAUGCUGUCUGGUGGAGCACCACUGUCUCCUCAGACACACCGGUUCAUGAAUGUCUGCUUCUGCUGCCCAGUUAGUCAAGGUUAUGGACUGACAGAAUCGUGUGGUGCUGGGACAGUUACUGAAGUUACUGACUAUACUACUGGCAGAGUUGGAGCCCCUCUUAUUUGUUGUGAAAUUAAACUAAAAGACUGGCAGGAAGGUGGUUAUACAGUUCACAACAAACCAAACCCCAGAGGCGAAAUCAUAAUCGGUGGACAGAAUGUCUCCAUGGGGUAUUUUAAAAAUGAAGAAAAAACAGCAGAAGAUUAUUCUGUGGAUGAAAAUGGCCAAAGGUGGUUUUGCACUGGUGAUAUUGGAGAAUUUCAUCCCGAUGGGUGUUUACAGAUUAUAGAUCGCAAGAAAGAUCUGGUGAAGUUGCAAGCAGGAGAAUAUGUAUCUCUUGGGAAAGUGGAAGCUGCAUUGAAGAACUGUCCACUUAUUGACAAUAUCUGUGCUUUUGCCAAAAGUGACCAGUCCUAUAUGAUCAAUUUUGUGGUUCCUAAUCAGAAAAGGUUGACACUUUUGGCACAACAGAAAGGGGUGGAAGGAACUUGGGUUGAUAUCUGCAAUAACUCUGCCAUGGAAGCUGAAAUACUGAAAGAAAUUAGAGAAGCUGCAAAUACCAUGAAAUUGGAGCGUUUUGAAAUUCCAAUCAAGGUCCGCUUAAGUCCGGAGCCAUGGACCCCUGAAACUGGUCUGGUCACUGAUGCUUUCAAACUGAAGAGGAAGGAACUGAAGAACCAUUACCUCAAAGACAUUGAGCGGAUGUAUGGGGGCAAAUAAAAUGCUGCUCUCUUACUUA